AUUCUUUUUGGGAGGCAACAGAUUUGAGGAAUUGCUCACCCCCCGUGCAGGAGAAUUCCCCGUUUGUCGGCCAUGGCGACUUCAAACACAGAUGCGCAAGCAUCCGGUCCGGCCGCUGGUCUGGCCCCGGCUCACUCCUACAUCCCCAAUCAAGGGUAUGUGAAUGCUGAUGGCAGUCUCCCCGCCAUGGCGGGGCAGGAUCCUGAGGCGCAGAACGGAGAAGGAGAAGAGGAGGACGAGUUCUACGACGACAUUUUCGAGGACGAAGAAGAAGAAGAACUGGACGCAGAGGACUUCAACUCCUCCAACCCUGCCGAUCUCACAAAGGCUUACAACCGCCAACGGAAAGUCAACGAGCUUGCCGCCGAUUCCAACGUUCCCAAGUGGACUUACCCGAAGACGAAUACCCAGAAACCGACGGUCAACACACACGCCCUGGUAGACGACCAGAUCAAGUCCCUCACGAAACAUGCGACCAAAAUCAAGCUGGACGACAUGCAGUCGGGUAUGGCAGCCCGUGGUGACCGUGGUGGCGACCGUGCCGACAGAGCGACCUCCGAACAGGUCUUGGAUCCCCGCACACGAAUGAUCCUGCUGCAGAUGAUCAACCGCGAGAUUGUGUCGGAGAUUCACGGUUGUCUGUCGACUGGUAAAGAAGCAAACGUCUACUACUCAAUCUCCUAUCCCAACGCCGACGACCUAACCCCCGUACACCGCGCCAUCAAGGUCUACAAGACGAGUAUCCUGGUCUUUAAGGAUCGCGACAAAUACGUGACAGGCGAAUUCCGCUUCCGCGGCGGAUACAGCAAGAGCAACAACCGCGCGAUGGUCAAGCUGUGGGCGGAGAAGGAAAUGCGCAACCUGCGCCGCAUCUACGCCGCCGGCAUCCCCUGCCCGGAGCCCAUCCACCUGCGCCUCCACGUCCUCGUCAUGGGAUUCCUCGGCAACUCGAAGGGUGUUGCCGCGCCGCGCCUCAAGGACGUCGAGUUUGACAUCCCGGAUCCGGACGCCAAGUGGCGCGAGAUCUACCUGGAGCUGCUCGGCUACAUGCGCGUCAUGUACCAGACCUGCCAUCUGGUCCACGCCGAUCUGAGCGAGUACAACAUGCUCUACCACAAGAAUAAGCUUCACAUCAUCGAUGUCAGUCAGAGUGUCGAGCACGACCACCCGCGCAGUCUGGAGUUCCUGCGCAUGGACAUCAAGAACAUCAGCGACUUCUUCCGCCGCAAGAACGUCGACAUCCUCCCCGAGCGCACCGUCUUCGAGUUCGUCAUCGCCGUCGACGGCCCGACCACCCCCACCCCCGCCGAGCCCAUGCUCGCGGCCAUCGAGCAGCUAUACGCCACCCGCGAGGAGAAGGGCGACGAGGUCGACACCGCCGUCUUCCGGCAGCAGUACAUCCCGCAGACCCUGGAGCAGGUGUACGACUUCGAGCGCGACGCCGAACAGGUCCGCGCGGGUAAAGGCGCCGACCUGGUAUACCGGGACCUUCUCGCAGGCGGGAAAUCGUCCGCGCGCUCGGCCGACGAGGCCAGCGACGCCGGCUCCGACGUCAGCGGUGGCGUCUCCGUGGAGGGGUCUGAUUCGGAGGAAGAAGGAGAAGUUGACCCCUUCGCGCCUAAGCCUCCGCGCGGCAAGCGCUUCGAGGACAAGGACGAGAAGCGUGACCACAAGCAGAAGGUCAAGGAGGAGAAGCGGGAGAAGCGCGCCAACAAGAUGCCCAAGCACAUGAAGAAGCGUCUGGUAUCCGGCUCCUCGCGCAAGAAGAAAUGAUUUACUCGUUUUCUUCCUCUCUUCGUUUUUGUUUACACUCUCUAUUGUUCUGGUCCUGGAAUCAUAAUUCACGCUGUGAGUGGCUACGGGAAAGAAAAAAAGUCAUUUUUUGCUUAUGCACGAUCUCAUGAUAAUUUAUGACUCGGGUUUUUCUUGGUUGGGUAGUAAUGGUUAGUUGUCUAUGUUUAUAGAAUAUCUGGGAGUAUAUAAAUACGCAUACGUGGGAGCGUCGAAUGUGAAUAGGGGAUUGCAUGAACGCAAUACCAAUU